AUGGACGAGAUCCGGGAGCUGCACGGAAGACUAAAGGAGGGUAUCCGGGAGAUCCUAACGGAAGGGGUAGAGGACGUCGGGGCCCAGCUGGAGGCGCUGAGGGCGGAGAUCGCGAUGAGGAAGGGGGGCCAGCCGCCCCUCAGGUUCCCGAGGAGCUUCGAUAAGUCGCUCGUUCGGUACGAGCUGCCCAUGGAUCCGACGCUUCUGGCCGACGUGAAUCCGAUGACGUACCUGACCCAGUACGGCUCGGUCGAGCCGUGCCUGAGAAGCCUCCAUUCCACCGUGUACAAGCGGCACCGGGAACUCCAGUCCCCCAGUCGGCUCUCGCUCAAGGUAAGCCGAAAGGAGGGGUGA